CCGCACCCCUACCGGCCUCUUUGUCCAACGCUGCGCCCUCUCAAUCGCUUUCCACAGCUUUCUCCAGUAUCAUCACGGUAUCAGUCUAUAUGUCAGCCCGCAGCAUUGUACAGUACAGUACCACGGACAUCGACUAGUCAUACCCCAGUACUUGUGCCACUGUGCUCCUCUGCACGCUCCACUCCUCUCUUUAGUCAGUUCUUCAAGCUCGUGUUAUAUAUAUAAAGGAGCAAAGUGGGUGUUCUAAAACGAAGCAAAUAACUAGCAAUUGCUUUAGCCUCCUGUAUCUCGCGUUAGUUGUCAAAGCGAAUAAGUUGAGAAACGACACAAUGUGCGGAGGAGCGGUCAUCGCCGGCUUCGUCCCCGAGGGAUCCUCCUCAUCGAGCCUCACCGGGGAGGAGUUGACAACGGAGAAGCCGCCGGCGCCUGGGCGGAAGACGGCGUACCGCGGGAUCCGGCGCCGGCCAUGGGGCCGCUGGGCAGCGGAGAUCCGCGACCCGAGGAAGGGGACGCGCGUCUGGCUGGGCACCUACGCCACCGCCGAGGAGGCCGCGCUAGCCUACGACGUGGCGGCGCGCGACAUCCGCGGGGCCAAGGCCAAGCUCAACUUCCCUCCGGCGGUCGACCACGCGGCCGUGGAGGAGGCAAAGAAGCGCAGGACGAAGGCCGCGGCCGUGGAGAGCUCGUGCUCUUCGUCUCCCCUUCCGGCAACGUCUACGGGCGGCGGCGGCGGCGGAGCUGAAAGGCUUCGGGAGUGCAUGUCCGGGCUGGAGGCGUUCCUGGAGCUGGAGAACCCCGCUGGAGUCGGCGAAGAUGUCGACCUCAUGUUCGAGUAGACUGUAGACGCUUCCAUUGGACCGGUAGUCUCUGGAAUUUCCGUAGUCUCUUGUAGCCUUGACUGUCGCGGAGUCUCAAGUCUGCAGUUCAGCCCCUGGUGCUGUCACUGCUAGCGUGAGGCUGGCUAAAUAAACAGAUUCAGGACCCUCUGAUCCAAAAUAAAUGGAUAAACAGAUUCAGGGAUGUCUACAAAUAGACUGUCUGUAGAUUGUAUUA